AUGGAACAAUCCACAAACAAGAAGGAAAAUACUAUUAACAUCAGUAUUCCUCAUGAUGUUGCACUAAGUAUUUUGUCAAGAUUACCCGUGAAAUCUUUAAAUCGGUUCGGGUGUGUGCACACUUCGUGGUCAAAUUUUCUUGAAAACCCUAAAUUCUUGAGUCUUUAUUUACAAAACUUGUUAUCCAAAGACAACGAUGGUUCAUCGAUCCUCCUAUGGCAACAAGUCUCAGAGGGUCUUCCAGAUCUGCUUUGGAUUUCCGGUGAGAGGUUUGAGAAAAAGGUAAAAUUAGAUUGGCCACCUCCUUGUCUAGAGGAGGAUGUCAAAUUUAUUGCAAUUCAUGAUUAUUGUGUCAAUGGUGCAAUUGGUCUCAUUCGAAGCAAAGGCAGCUAUGGGGAUGAAAAUGUUGUGUUAUGGAACCCUACAACUAAGGAAUUUAGGGUUAUUCCUUUUGGUUUGUCCCAAGGGCAAGGUAUAAGCUUUUCAUUUUUGGUACACACUCCUGGGUUUUGGUAUGAUCAUGUCAAUGAUGAUUAUAAGUUUCUCCAGCAAGCAGCUUGUUUUGUGGAUGAUUCAAAAGAUAUAGUGUACUUUUGGCGAAUUUAUAGCUUGAAAGGCAACUCUUGGAAAAAACUUGAUCUUGGUCCGAUUUGUGCCUCUCAUAUAUGCAAACCAAUGGGUUCUGUGGUAAAUUUGAAUGGGUCAUUGCAUUGGUGGGGCACCAAGCACCAUGACAUAGGAACAGAAGAAGACUUAUUGAUAUCAUUUGACAUGAACAAUGAGAUUUUCCACAAACCAAUAGGUUGCCCCACAAAUGCUGAAUUUGUGAAUAGAUACUUGGCGGUGUUCAAUGGGUCCAUUGCUAUGAUUUCAAACUACCUCUGGAUUAAUUGCCUUGACAUAUCAAUUUUGGGAGAGAUUGGUGUCAAGGAAUCAUGGACCAAAAUCUUCACCAUUGGCCCUUUACCUUGUUUUGAGCUGCCAAUUGGUGUGGGACACAAGGGUGAUAUAUUCUUCAUAAAAGAGGAUGGUGAGCUCGACUGCUUUGAUUUAAGGACUCAAAUGUCUAAGGAGAUUGGUGUCAGAGGAGUAAAUUAUAAUUCUAAAGUUUUAAUUUACAAGGAAAGCUUUCUUCCUUUUGGAGGAAUAAAGUAUUAG